AUGAAAUUAAAUAAAGCCGCACAACGGAGUACCCCACCACGGAAAGACGACGGCGAUAAAAUCCCACCCCCUGAUGAAAACCAGAAUGGUGGAGGCGGUGGCAGCAACGCAGGUGGGUCGGGAGGUGGAAAUGGGGAUAACAGUGGUGACGGAGGCGGCGAUGGCGGAGACGACGAUGGUUGGGGAGAUGCGUGGUAUACAACCAGUAAGAAAAAAGAUAAGAAGAAGAAGAAAGAGGAGGAAGAGCGGCUAGCUAAAGAAGAAGAGGAGCGGAAGGCCAAAGAGGAGGAGGAGAAAAAGGCCGCAGAAGAAGCAGCAGCAGCUAAUAGUAAUAACGAUAAUCUUAGUUGGGCGAACGAUAGUAGUGGAAACGGUGAUGAUUCGUGGGCGGACUUUGCACCUACAGGGAAGAAGAAGAAUAAAAAGAAGGAUCAAGGUACUACUAUGACUGACACCGACCCCCCUUCCAAUUGCUUUCAGGAUUUAAGUUCUAAUACAUCUCCAAAUCUAAACCUAGACCCCCUUAGAGGCAAAUCUACUGGUGGGAGCCUAGAUCUUGGCGGAUGUGAUAAAAGUUGGAAUAUGAGGAGUAAAUGGGGUCUCGACUCUCAUGGUGGCUUGAAUAGGGACAGGACACAGAAUACCAACCCGUGGUCAUUUGGCUCAGCGACUGAUCCGUUGGAUGCUUCAGUCGGAUUUGGAUUUGGCUUUGGAGCCCGUCCAAGCAAUGGAGAUAUCGGUACAAAAGAAAAGAAGGAUGACUGGGGCUUUCUGGAUACUAAGAAGGAGACCGAAACAAAGCCCAGAAUAGUUGAUGACGAAGAUUGGGACUGGGGCGUCCCAACUGAGAAAAAAGAUAAGAAAAAAAAGAACAAGGAUAUCCUCCAGGAGUUGGAACGAGUUGUGGAAAAUCCUCCGGUAGCCGUAGAUCCAUCACCCGAGCCAAUCCCUGAAGAGAAGGAGGAGGAGGACUGGGCAGCCUGGAAUAUCUCCACAAAGGAGAAGAAAAAAAAAGGUCGAAGACUGUUGUUCCCGAGCCUCAGUCGCCUAUUCCAGAGCCUGAAGCACCCGAACUAUCAGCAGAGCUUGAAUCUGAGCCAGUACAUGUGCUCGAGCUCGAGCCCGAACCGGAAGCAAUAUCAGGGCCUCAAUUGCUUGAAGGGCAGCAGAAAGCCGGAGAGGAGAACAAAACCACAGAAGAAGCCGUUACCAGCGGUGAAGGAAAUCAUCACGGGCCCUAUUAUGUCAGCUAUUGUCUCCAGGGCGUAUGCCCAAGAUACACUCAUGGCUGGCGAGGACAAUAUACAAUCUGACUCCAGGAGCGAUCCCGAAUAUCAGCCCGUCCAUCUAUUCUAUAGUAUUCAAAAGUACAUUCUCAUUGAUAUGGUCGAUUCCAGGGAUUACGAAGGGCAGACGGUGACAGUCCACGUUGGUCUUAGCAGAAGAUGUUACACAAUCUCAAUGUCUUUGCUCGAUAGGAUUCCGAGUCUAUAUUCUCUCUUGAAGACCAAUCCAGCUCCAGAGACACAUAAUUUCUUUAUCAGCCUCACGCUCCCUGAUGUGGAUGAGAAUAUUGGGCACACUUUGAUGCAUUACCUUUACACCGGGGAUUUCCAACUACGAAAAGCAUCAUCUACUUGCGACGUAUCUAAACAACACGAGUAUUAUAGCCAGAGCGUCCUGGCAUACUGUGCGGCCCUGAAAUACGGGCUAUGCGGGCUGCAAGAUCAGGCGAAGAGAUUUAUGGAAGUGUUGGGUCCAAGUGUUUACAUUCACGACAUUAUUAAUCUGACCAGGACAGUCUACAGGACAGUUAAAGACGAUCAAUGGUAUUUCGAGCACCUCACGAUAAGAAUCCAGGCAGCUUUCGACGCAGAUGAAAUGAUAUUUAUGGAGGAAAAGUUUAUUGAUGGAUUUGAUGAAACUUCACCGCUUAACAAAGUUUCUUGUGAGGACCAUGACACACGCGUACCACACCAAAUUAUGCUCCCUACGAUGAAACUGUCAGCAACUGGUAAUACCGUAAUACAACCCUCACAUACUGUGCGGAGCUUAUGA